AUGCCCACUACAGAUAUGAGGCCCACACGCCUCCACACUUAUCUCAGAUCGACUCCAACACACCCCACAUUCACCUCUACCACAACCACCCCAAGCACAAAUCCCAACACAAUGUCGCAACUAUUCGAGUGGGCAUUUGGCAAGAAGCUCACUCCCCAAGAAAGGCUCCGAAAAAACCAGCGGGCGCUCGAAAAGACACAGCGUGAAUUGACCAGAGAAACCGCAAAGUUGCAACAACAGGAAAAGAAACUCGUGGGUGAAAUCAAAAAGUCCGCGAAGCUGGGCCAGAUCGCAAGCGCAAAGAUCCAGGCGAAAGAUCUCAUCCGCACGAAGAAUUACAUCGACAAGUUCAACCUGAUGAAAGCACAGCUCCAAGCCAUUUCGUUGCGGAUCCAGUCGGUGCGAAGCAACCAACAGAUGGCUGCGUCGAUGCGUGAUGCGACGCGGGUGCUUCUGGGAAUGAACCGCCUGAUGAAUCUUCCGCAGCUUUCGCGGAUUGCGCAAGAGUUUGCCAAAGAGAACGACCUCAUGGACCAGAAACAGGAGUUUAUGGAUGAUGCCAUUGAUGAUGCCAUGGAGUUGGACGAAGAUGGGCUCGGCGAGGAGGAGCAGGUCGACGAGCUUCUCAGUAAGGUGUUGGACGAGAUUGGAGUGGAUCUCAACACAAGCUUGAAGGAUACACCGAACCAGAUCCGCACGGAGGAGCCUGCGAGCGCGCGUGUUGCGCAAGCCGUAGGAAGCAACGAGGAUGAUUUGCAGGCGCGCCUCGACAGCUUGAAGAAGUAG